AUGUGCGCCCUCAAGCAGGGGGCCCCCCACGCGCAGCUGGGGGCCCUUGCGCUGCCCCUUGACUUCAAUGAUUUCUUAUCUCAGUUGACCCUGGGGGGCCCCCCAACCCCAAGGGGGGCCCCCUACAGGGGCCCCCCAUCCCCGCGGGGCAGUGCCCGGGGGUCCCUUGAAAGUGCGCAGCAGCAGCAGCAGCAGCAGCAGCAACGCUUGGUUACGGCAGAAGCAGCAGGGGCCCCCACUGCAGCAGCAGCAGCCAUCCUGGGGGCCCCCCGCAGCUUGACCCCCCGGGGCCCCCGACACGGGACGGACUGGGGGGCCCCCGAGGGCCCCCGGGGGCCCCCUCGGAGCGCCAGCGUGGGGGCCCCCAUCCCCAGGGAGCGAGCCGCCUCGGGGGCCCCCAUAGGGGCCCCCCAGGAAGACAAUUUGCUGCUGCACAGCUGCCGUUCUACAGAUUCUGCUGAAGAGGCACCUUCUGAGCUACUGCGCCAAGGGGGGCCCCCCUCUUACCUCACUCAGGGGGGUCUAGGGGCCCCCGGGGGCCCCCUAGGGGGCCCCACCGGGGGCCCUCCAGGGGGGCGCUGGUCGAUAAGCUGGAACCACUUCGCGCUGCUGCUGACGGCGUGUCUGUUCGCGCUGCAGCAAAUGGGACUGUACUACUUCAUUUCGCGGUACUCGCUGUCCUUGCUGUCGCUUGCUGCAGUGGACCUGGUGCUGCUGCUGCUGCUGCUGCAGAGCAGCAGCAGCGAGUUGUUGACUCGUCCGCAGCUUUCCCUGCAGGGGCCCCCCAGAGGCCCCCAACAGGGGCCCCCGAAGGGUACCCAGGGGGGGCCCCCAAAGUGUACCCAGCAGGGGCCCCCUGGGGUCCUCCAGCAGGGGCCCCCGAGGGAUGCUCAGCAGGGGGCCCCUGUGGGCCCCAAGCAGGGGCCCCUUGGGGGUCCGUAG